CGCCUAUGAACGCGACAGACAUCCUAUUUCACCACUCUUACACUAGACAGAAUCACAUUCUGAAGCGCUCAUUUACGAUCGGACUUUUCCUCAAGGACGUGACCACUUGAUGAGACAAAGCCACGAGAGACAUGGCGGGUAUUGAUGACCACAGGGGACCUAUUGCCAUUCAUAUACAUAGCAAUGCCACCCAUAUUAACGCGGCAGGGAUUGUCUACGGGGGUGUAGGCAACGUGCUCGAACAGAAGAUUAGAAAAGAAGUUGCUGCCAGAUUAGGGAGUUCACAAGCUAUUGAAAAUGAAACGAAUGGUGCAGUUAGGAGUUCACAAGCUAUUGAAAAUGAAACGAGUGAUGCAGUAAGGAGUUCACAAGCUAUUGAAAAUGAAACGAGUGAUGCAGUUAGGAGUUCACAAGCUAUUGAAAAUGAAACGAGUGAUGCAGUUAGGAGUUCACAAGCUAUUGAAAAUGAAACGAGUGAUGCAGUAAGGAGUUCACUUGGUAUUGAAAGUAGUGCCCAAGGUAUAAGAAAAAAAGCUACUGCUACAGUAGGAUGUUUACACGGUGCUGAAACAACAUCUUCUGGAGCAGAAAGUGGACAAACUAAUCGAACAGAAACUACUGCUACGUUAGGUAGAGUAGACGAUAUUGGACGCGGACCUCCUGCAAGAGUAGAGAGGGGACCUGUCAUUGGGACUGGGACUGCGAGUGGAGUAGGAAGCAGACCUGGUACCGGACGUGCACAAGCUGGUGGAGGAGGGAGUGGACAGCAUACAAUCAUUGCUGAAGGAUGUGGGCAGUAUAAUAGGCAUGAAACCACAGUAUAUAAGCAAGUGUCAAAUGAUCAGAGGACAGAAGCGAAUGGGGAAGCAUCAGAAAGUAUCCACACAACACUGGGCGCUGGUCAGCACGGUAAAGCAAUGACAAAAUCUUCAUCCGACAAACGUCAAACAGACAUUGAUUUCCAUGCUGCGUGCAAGGCGGGAGAUGUAGGCCGAGUGGCUCGUUUGUUGUCCGGUGAUCAGGGAAACCUCAACGGGAAAGACGGUAACGGGAGAACAGGUCUGAUGAUGGCUGCGUACCAAGGCCACAGAGAUGUUGUGGAGUAUCUUGUCAGCAAAGGAGCAGAUUUGACUUUAGUGGAGAAAGGUGGUGACACCAUUCUUCACGCAGCUUGUCGUGGAGGCGAUAUAAAUAUAGUCAAGUGUGUCCUCUCUAAGGACGACGUUGACGUCAACUGUACAGAUAAGUCGGGGAUGACACCAUCAAUGUCUGCAGCACGCUGGGGGUAUACGGAGGUCGUGAAGUUGCUUUUCCGUAGGGGGUCUAAUCUACAGAUGGUGGAUGAUGAGGGUGACACCGUUCUGCAUUAUGCCUGUCGAGGAGGACACGAUGACAUUGCUGAAUACGUCCUCCACUGCAACACUGCGCUCAUCAACGUCAAGAAUAGGAGUGGCAAAACAGCAGCGAGAGUAGCCAAAGAUGAAGAACAUUAUUUGGUGUAUGAACAUCUUAAGUCAGUGCACUCAGGAUGCUACCUUAUGUGAGUGUAGACUGACAGUGACACGAGGACUCGGACGUUUGAUUACAUAUGAAACAUUUAGAACGUAUACAGUGGAUUUGUGUCUCCUCGCCAUCAUCCUCGACGUUCCAGUGAACUGCACACGUAUCUCUAUUCUGGUUGGAUAUAUAUCCUGAAAGCAUUCCUACGUAGCUUCGUCACAGUCUCCGUAACGCCUAUAGUACAGACUUCCUCUCGUUCGCCGGAGUAAUUUGAUUAGGCAGCCAUUUGUAGCAUUAUGCUAUUUGAAACGGGCUAAGAAAGAAAAUGAUGGUAGCGAAUGUUACCCGUUUACUCAUUUAGACAUUUAGACAUUUAGACAUCAGACCAGUGAAGAUCCGGGGUAGAAUAGGUCUUCAGU